AUGUCGACGCCCCCGCCCCUCAAGAAGAUGCACUACGCAGACGGCGAGGUCCACCUCGACGAGGGCGUCGUGGGCGAGAUCCUGCUGCGGCUGCCGGCGGCGUCGCUCCUCCGCUGCCGCGCCGUCUGCACGGCCUGGCGCCGCCUCGCCGACUCCCCGGAGUUCCUCGCGGCGCACGCGCGCCACCGCCCGGUCGAGAUCCUCCUGUACAAGAGGUUCGAGGUCGGGCCCGACGGCGUCCGUCGCCAGGCCCUCUACGGCCGCGGCGACGAGGUGCACCUGGACGCGCUGGCCGUCGUCCCCGGCUCCGGCAGCCAUCGGCGCCGGCGGCUCGCGCGCUACCCGGUGGUAGACAAGAACCCCGAGUACUUGUCCAGGCCCUAUUGCUCCCUGGUCGCCUCCUGCGACGGCCUCCUCCUCCUCGGCCGCGGCGCCGGCUCCGGCCUGAGGCCGUACGACCCGUACCUCGUCUGCAACCCGGCCACGCGGCAGUGGACCCAGCUCCCGCGCCUGACCGCCGCCGCCGGCGAGCAGCCGCUUGGGAUCGUCCCCGCCCACCUCGAGGUCCGGUAG